UAAAACCAGAGUACAUCUUACCGUUCUUGUAAAUGAAAUGUUUUCUCGGAAAUCAUCUAAAAAUACACAUCUCAGUUUGAUUCGCCAAAAUGACAGGCUGUCAAACUGUUUAUAAAAAGAAAGGUUAUGCGUGCUGGGCGUUUGGUGAGAAUUUGUGAAGAGCAAGCGCAGCACAAGAGAGCUAUUCGACGAAGAAAAUGACGUUUACCCUAUCUAGAGGCUGCCUGCAUGCGCUAGCCUUGGCUACAUUCAUAACAACGGUUUAUGGACAAAGCGCCCCAACAAAUGGCUGUUGGAAUUACCGCAUGCUCAAUGACGGCAAUCGCAAUGUUCACAGCACGGCAGGCAAUUUUUAUUGCGAUAACAACCUAAGAAGUGGAUGGUACAGAUUCUCUGGCAGUGCUGGCAGCGACCUAUUGAAUAAAUGCCCACAUAACCUGAGAGGUUCAUACAGGAAUAGUUACUGUGGUGCAUAUUAUGGAGGCUGGAUUAGUGGUUCCGCACCAAGUUAUUACGAUGGCCCUGUGAAAAGGACGGUAUAUUUUGCUCGAUACGACCACUGUUACUAUGAUUCGAUUUCGAUAUGGAUGCAAAACUGUGGAUACUUUUACCUGUAUUACUUUCAGCAGAAUGCACUUCGCUAUUGUAACUACAGAUACUGUGGAUCCCAUUUGGGCGGUUCUUCUAUUGAAGUUUACAGCCCAACACCUUCAACAUCAAUUUUGACCGUAUCUACCCUGGUGAUGCCAACACCAACUGCUGAGGAUCCUUGCCAUUCGUACACGUAUCUUUCAGAGCGGAAUCGAAAUUUAUAUUAUCAAAGUUAUGUAUAUCUCUGCGACAAUGGACUAAACGGUUGGUUCAGGUUCGGAGGUGCAGCUGGCUCAAAAAUGUUAAAUCGAUGCCCUAUUGUUCAUACCGGUAGCCACAUCAAUUGUGGCACCUAUUACCAAGGUUGGAUUUACGGUUCAGAGCCCUCAUGGUACGAUGGGGUUGUCCAACGUACCGUCAUGUUUGCUUAUUUCGGCGAUUGCUAUAAACACAGAGAGACAGUCAACGUUCGAAAUUGUGGAGGCUUCUUUGUAUACGGUUUCUCGCGCCCUUACUCAGUUCCCUGCAACUUUAGAUAUUGUGGAAUGGCAGAUCAAGUACAUGUAACACCUAGCGCAGUUGAAACCUCAGCACUAUACGCUCUGGAUACGAUAUCACCAUCAGCAAGUAUUACGUCCCAAGAUAUAGAAGCAACAUCAAUAGCUGCUGCAUCCACCCCAAAGCCUCCACUGGAUGGCUGCAAGUACUACCAGGUCCUAUCAGAGUCCAACCGAGCAGAUUAUUACUUCAAGCGGGGUUUUCAUGGUUGUGACAAACAUUUAAACGGAUGGUACCGCUUCAUGGGUGAUGCUGGCAAUAGGAUGCUUACCAAAUGUCCAGCAAGAAAGGGCAGCUUUUGCGCAGCGGAAUUUCAAGGCUGGCUGACAGGCUCCAAUCCGGGCAUACAUGAGGGAGAGGUUUACAGAACUGUCUGUUUUUCAAGAUACUAUGAUUGCUACUGCUAUUAUCAGACAUAUAUCAAAGUAAAGAACUGCGGGACAUAUUAUGUUUACAAAUUAGACGGUGUUCCUUCCUGUAAUCUCAGGUACUGCGGAGCCGAAGAUCAAAUGGCCAAAGUUGAAUGCAGCAACAACUAUAUGCGUGUUAUUUUGGAUACCAAAUACUUCAAUGCGUCUGAAUUCUCACGCAUCACUCUACGUGAUCCGUAUUGCUCUGCGUAUAUUUCGAGCUCUUACAUAUCACUGGGUAGUGUCCCAAACGGCUGCGGAGCUUCAAGAGAAGAGACGCAGCGUCAUAUCAUCUAUAGAAAUGAAGUUAUCAUGACUGCAAAGCAAGAAGAAGGCAUGAUUACAAGAGAUCAUGAUCAGUCGAUUGAUGUAUCAUGUAUUUACGAUAGGGAUGGCUUUGGAAGCAGUGUAUCUUAUGAUCCAAUACGAAAAGUCAGUGGCAAUGAAAGUGGUGUUGGAAGUUUCACAUUCAAUUUUGGAAUGUUUCGCAACAGCUUGUUCAACAGUCGCUUCUACUCGUACCCAGCAAAGGUGAAAUUGAGAGACUAUCUUUACUUUGAGGCCAGCGCAAGCGUGCAGGACAACAAUUUGGUAUUACUUGUUGAUCAGUGUUAUACGACACCAGACAUGAACAGAAACAGCCAUUCGAAAUACAUGUUCAUCAAUAAUGGGUGUCCUACAGACAGCACUGUUCAAUUCCUUCCUGCUGAUGGUCAGAGACAGCGCAUCAGUAUGCAAGCGUUCCGAUACCUAAAGAAUGGAGGGUCUAUUUACGUUCACUGCCUCUUCUUGUUGUGCCAAAGAGCAUCACGUGACUUCAGAUGUAGAUCAGGUUGCCCUGGCAACAAUAUUGGGCGUGUUAAACGAGACGUUGAUACAGCAUCAACAUUUGCAAGUGAUGAAAAUACCUAUUCAAAAUAUUACUUACUGGAGGCUGGUCCUGUUGUUGAAGAAAAUGAUCAAAUUGGUGAUAACAAAAACCAAGGUGGCGAAAAACAAAAACAAACACUACAAAGUGUAGUAAUCGGUUUGGUUGUUGGAGUUGCUGUAUUAGCCUUCAUUGUUAUCGGACUUGUUAUAAAAAUGAGGCGGCGUGGACCCGAGGCAGGUAAAGUGGAUAAAGCAGAGGAUAUCGGGAUUGAUAAUGCUCCAAAUGGCAAAGUGUAUAUUGACGACAAUAAAGAGGCGGAUGAGAAAGAGAGUGCUAUGUAAGAAACCAACAUUUUCAUAGAUGUUUCUUACUUUACAUAUCAAAGACUUUAGCAUAGCUUGAAUAUAAUCAUUUUGUACUCUUCAAACAGAAAGACAUUUGAAAUUCUGUUUUCUUUUGUAUACUUUUAUUUUUUAUGUUUAACAGAUUAUAGAUUGUAUCGCAAAAAACAUUGAUGGCCAGCAAAGAAAUUUU